UAAAGCGGCUUUCUUGCGGCGCGGAACACAUCGGAAACGAGCGUAGAAUACGGCAAGCGAGAAGCGAAGCGCCGUCAGACAUCGUGUCGAGAAAGAAAUUGGUGCUAAGAAACCCAAAGACCCCCUUCUACAACCGCCCAAAUAAACAGUGCACAAAUAAAAUACAAAAAGAAAGCAAAAGUUCCUAGACAAAGAGUGAUCGCUGAACGUAUCGAGAUGCUAACCAAGCAGCCAGACUACACAAUCUCCGAGCUGGGCUAUCCGCAGUGGAACGAUGAUAAUAAGCUACACAGAAAGUGCCGCCCACCACCGCCUAAUACCAGUUAUAGCCACAGUUUCAGUUCCAGCCAUACUUCCAGUCCCAACCGCCUGCUGCCGUUGCGUGAGACGCUGGAUGAUUAUUACAAGCGUCUGCUGUUGAGUGAACAGCGAAGCAGAGUUGAGAAUUGUGACAGAGACUUGGAUGAUGUUGUCGCACAGCAGAAGAGACACAAGAAUCAAUGGAACGUGCAGCAACAGCGCAGCAACAACCGCAACAGCAAUCACAGACGCAAUCAAAACUGUCGAGAUAAAGCACAAGCAACAUCGCCAGCACGAAUAGCAACCACAGCAACAACAGCAGCAACGAUGAAGGCAACCUUGGUGACUUGCGAUUUAAAUAGUUUUUGAUUGUCAGAGGCCGGAGAAGCCUCCUGAGAAGAAGCUUCUGCUCAGCAACUGAACUACAAAAAUGACGGGACUGAUUAAACGUGCUAAAUUUUAAACAGAAUAAAACAUUUUGCGUAGACUUUUAAGCAUUAAUUCUAAGUAAAUCAUGAGUAAUAACACUUAAUUUAAUUGCAUGCCACGCAGUUUGCAUAACAAACAAUAAAAACGAGAGAAAAAACACAAACAAAACAGAAACAAAU